CUCGUGAUCGUUACAUUAAUGAUUAAACAUUCGUGCGACAUCUUUUCUUCACCGUUCAACAAUUUUCUGUUCGUAAUCAAGAAUUUGGGAGAAGAAGGCAAAUUAACGAUGGAGAUUCUUCUGAUUCAAGUGCCAGUGAGUGAGAUAUUUUAAUCGGAGGGGAAGAAGUAUUCAGAGUACAGCAGAAUUCUCAGAAUCGGAAUGUUGAAGUGAUCCUGAGCCGCAGAACAUGCUGGCUUCUUCUUGCGUUCUUCCUCCAACUUCUCUUGCUUCUUUGUCACUUUCGGCGAAGAAAAAUUUCUCUGCGGGCUCAAGAAAUAAAUGGCCUUCGUUGAGACGACAAAUUGAGCUGAUUUUUGUGUCCAGAAUGUCGCACCAUCGGCAUAUGAACCCAUUUAUGCACCCAAUCUCAACUUACAAAAGGGGCCACAGUUCUGCAAUCUCUUGUGUCAUGACAGAUAAUGCACCAACAAUAACAUCUGCUGACGAGAUCAUGGAAAAUAUGGGCAUCUUGAGCCAUGAUCCAGGCUUGGAACCCUUCAAAGAUCAUUUCAAAUAUAGAAUAGGGAGAUACGCAAAUCUACUAAGCCUUUUAGAGAAGCAUGAAGGAGGUCUUGACGAAUUUGCACAAGGAUAUUUAAAAUUUGGAUUUAAUCGAGAAGAAGGUGGCAUUGUGUAUCGUGAAUGGGCUCCUGCUGCUCAGGAAGCACAAAUUAUUGGGGACUUUAAUGGAUGGGAUGGGUCCAACCACCAAAUGGAAAAGAACGAAUUUGGAAUUUGGAGCAUAAAACUUCCUGAUAAUGGUGGCAAACCGGCUAUUACUCACAAUUCAAGAGUUAAGUUCCGUUUCAAGCAUGGAAAUGGAGUUUGGAUCGAUCGCAUCCCUGCUUGGAUUAGAUAUGCUACUGUGGAUCCUACAAGAUUUGCAGCACCAUAUGAUGGUGUGUAUUGGGACCCACCUCCUCUAGAAAGGUACGAAUUUGAGCAUCCACGUCCUGCAAAGCCUGAAGCCCCACGGAUUUAUGAAGCUCAUGUUGGAAUGAGUAGCUCAGAACCGCGAGUUAAUUCAUACAGAGAAUUUGCCGAUUUUAUUUUACCUCGUAUUAAAGAAAAUAACUACAAUACAGUCCAGUUGAUGGCUAUUAUGGAACAUUCAUAUUAUGCAUCAUUUGGGUACCAUGUUACUAACUUUUUUGCUGUAAGCAGCAGAUCUGGAACUCCUGAGGACCUAAAAUAUCUUAUUGACAAGGCCCAUGGCUUAGGUUUACGGGUGUUGAUGGAUGUUAUUCAUAGCCAUGCAAGUAAUAAUGUCACUGAUGGCCUUAAUGGCUUUGAUGUUGGUCAAAGUUCCCAAGGUUCUUAUUUUCACACUGGAGAUCGUGGAUACCACAAGCUGUGGGAUAGUAGACUCUUCAACUAUGCCAAUUGGGAAGUUCUUCGUUUCCUUUUAUCAAACAUAAGGUGGUGGUUGGAGGAGUACAAAUUUGAUGGUUUUCGAUUUGAUGGAGUAACUUCAAUGCUGUAUCAUCACCAUGGAAUCAACAUGGGUUUCACUGGAAAUUAUAAUGAGUAUUUCAGUGAAGCAACAGACGUUGAUGCUGUUGUGUAUUUGAUGCUAGCCAAUAAUCUGAUUCACAGCAUUUUGCCAGAUGCAACUGUAAUUGCUGAAGAUGUUUCGGGCAUGCCUGGUCUUGGAAGACCUGUUUCCGAAGGGGGUAUUGGUUUUGACUACCGCCUCCAAAUGGCCAUUCCUGAUAAAUGGAUUGAUUACUUGAAGAACAAAACUGAUGAGGAAUGGUCCAUGGGGGAAAUAAGUUGGAACUUGACAAAUAGAAGAUAUUCUGAGAAGUGCAUAUCUUAUGCUGAGAGUCAUGAUCAGGCGAUUGUUGGAGACAAGACCGUUGCAUUUUUGCUGAUGGAUAAAGAAAUGUAUUCUGGCAUGUCUUGUUUGACUGAGGCAUCUCCCAUAGUUGAAAGAGGGAUUGCACUGCACAAGAUGAUACAUUUUAUAACCAUGGCCUUGGGAGGGGAGGGCUACCUUAAUUUCAUGGGAAAUGAGUUCGGGCAUCCCGAGUGGAUCGACUUCCCACGAGAAGGCAAUGGGUGGAGUUAUGACAAGUGCAGGCGACAGUGGAAUCUGCCUGACACAGAUCACCUGAGAUACAAGUUUUUAAAUGCUUUUGACAGAGCAAUGAACUUGCUUGAUGAUAAGUUUUCCUUCCUUGCAUCAAGUAAGCAGAUUCUGAGCUGCACAAGUGAAGAAGACAAGGUGAUCGUCUUUGAACGUGGAGACCUAGUGUUCGUGUUCAACUUUCACCCUGUAAACACAUAUGACGGAUACAAAGUCGGGUGCGACUUACCUGGAAAGUACAGAGUCGCACUUGAUAGCGAUGCUUGGGACUUUGGCGGUCAUGGAAGAAUAGGCCAUGAUGCUGACCAUUUUACGUCCCCGGAAGGAAUCCCUGGGGUGCCUGAAACAAACUUUAACAACCGACCGAAUUCCUUCAAAGUACUCUCACCGGCUCGAACAUGUGUGGUUUACUACAGAGUUGAUGAAAGUAAAGAAAAAGAAAAUGGCGAUUCAGUUGGUACAAACAAGCCGCUUACCACAGAUGUCUCGGCAAGGCACACAGAGGAGGAAGAUGAAGAGUUGACACAUUCUGAAGAGGGUGACAUUGCUGUAGGUGAGACUAGGACCACAAAUGUUGAAGACGACAAUAUCGAUACGAGCAAGAGUGAAGAUGGUGACGAUGACCCGAGCAAGAGUGAAGAUUUACCAGUGAAAGAGACCAGAGCAAGAGCAUGAGAUGAGUAGAAGACUUGUAUGCAAGUACAUGCAUUGAGUUUCUAAUGUAAAUAUAUAAAACUCAAUGUAUACGGCAGUGAUAUGCCGGCAACUUUAAUAUUGUUCAAGUUUCACUCUAAUGUGCAUUGUAUAAUUCAUAAAGAAAGCUCACACAUGUUCCAUAUA